AUGGAACUCACAGAACCGAAUAGAUGUAACUAUCGUCAGGGCCGCCGGAAGAUGCAGAUAAAGAAGAUCGAGGAUGAGCGUCAUCGGUUCCUUAUGUUCUUCCGCCCUUCUGCAUCUUAUAACGUCUAUUACUCGUGUCGGGCCAUGAUCUAUAAGAAGGCAAGCGACCUAGCCAUAUGUGGAGCUGAAAUUGGGAUUGUGGUGCUCUCACCAACAGGGAAGCCCUUCACUUUUGGGAUUCCGACAAUAGAAGCGUUGGUGGAGAGAUUCCUCAACAGGAACACACCUGAGCAGCCGCUAGAUGAUGGUGGCAUGAAGCAGAAGCUGGAGGCCCAACAAAGAACAAGGAUUGAGAAACUGAGACAAAACAUUAACAAGACCCUCUUCAAACUAGAGGCUGAGACGAAGCAUGAGAAGUCGCUCAAGCAAAUAAUCAAGGCCGCCCGGGAAGCCAAUGUGCAAAGGGGCGAAGUUGGUUGGUGGGAUGCUAAGAUUGAAGCGCUCACUCCUGCGCAACUUGAGCAAGUAUCUGCAUCCAUAGAACAAUUCUAUGGUGAUCUUAUGAAACACAUGAAAAAAGGCAGCAGUCACAACCACAACCCCAGCAACAAUAACGGUCAAGAUAGCAAUAACGUGGUCACUUCAACCGACUCACUAUUGGAAGCUCUGAAUUUCGAUGAUGAUAAUGUUAGCGGCUUCGAAAUAGGAAAUGAGGCAUAUCAAGAUGGACAGUUGUAA